AAUAAUGUCCACUACCUCUCUCCGUAGCAGCCACCCAGUCACUUAUUAGCGCCUGCGUACUGUGUACCCCCAGAGCAACUACACUUGCUUUACAACGUGUUUUGGUUUCACACUUUGGGAAAAGUCUGUUUUAAGGUAGAAGUUGUGGAAAUAUAAGACGUGCUUCUCAUCAGUAUGGGAGGGCAGGCUAAGGGCAAAAAGAAAAAUAAACCGAAGAGGAAAGAGAACCGACCAAACAGGGCAGAUGCAGGAUUUGUUGGAUUGUCAACUCAGGAAAGGCUGAAACUAAGAAUGCAUGAAAAAGCAAAGAAGAAGACAGCUGAGAAAUACUCUGUGCAACAACUACUACAGAAGACAGAGGAAUGCAUGGAUAGUUUUGACUUUGAGAUGGCUGGCCUUUUCUGUCAACGAGCCCUGGAUGUGGAGUCAACCAACCUGAAAGCCCUAAAUAUGCUGGGACACAUUUACUCUGAACUAGGAGACACACAGAAAGCUAAGGGAGUUUUACUGCGUGCAGUGGAGCUGAGCCCAGAUGUAGGCCACAGUAAGUACAUGUACCUGGGACAGAUCCACACAGGUCAGGAGGCUGUUGACUACUACAGUAGAGGAAUACAGGUCCUACUGUCUGCACUGGACAAACAAGCACAGACCACACAGGCUCAGGCUGGAGCUGCUGCCCGACCAGAUGAUAACCCUGAGCUCCCCACAGAGAAGGAUGUUAGUGUAGCCUACUGCUCCAUCGCUGAGAUUUAUCUAACAGACCUUUGCAUGGAGGAAGGAGCAGCAGACAAGUGCAGAGAAUUCAUUGAGAAAGCAUUACAGUAUAACCAUGAUAACCCUGAGGCUCUACAGCUCAUGGCCAGUUACCUGUUCAGUACAGAGAAAAACCAGGAAGGCAGAGAAUACCUGUUGAAGAGUGUUGGAUUGUGGCUUCCUGCCCAGAAACAGAGUGCAGCUUCUUCCAACACAGAGGAAGGCAUGCAGAGUGAAAUCCCACCGUACGAGACUCGCAUCACCACAGCCAAACUGCUCAUCGAGUCAGAGGAAUACGAGAUGGCGGUAGAUGUGUUGGAGGGUCUUCUGGAGGAGGAUGAUGAGGUCGUCCAGGUGUGGUAUCUCUCCGGCUGGGUGUGCUACCUCCAGUUUGAAAAGGCAAAGGAGCAGCAAGAAAGAGAUGGAAGAGAAGUGACGGAGGAGGAGACGGAGGAGUGGAAGGCACUGAAGGACGCAGCCAGAUCGUACCUGACCAAUGCUAAGAAGGUGUACAGUAAGCUGCGGUGUGAUGACGAGCCGAUGUUGGAGCAUGUGGAGCAGCUGCUAGGCGAGCUGGGAGGAGAGAUGGAGGGAGAGGAAGGAGACCCAGUCUUGGAUGAAGACUAUGAGCCCUGUAGUGAUGAGGAGGAGGAUGAUGCAGAGGCACCCAUGGAACACUGACCACACCCCCCCUGCUUGUACUCUGUGGUUUCACUUUUCCCAAUCACGUUUAUCCCUGUAGUUUCAGUGUUCUCGUGCACUCUCUAAAGUGCCUUUUUUACCGGUUAUCCUUUCACAUCCAUUUAUGAUGAAGUUUGAAUUCAAGUGAAAUGCACAAAACGAGUCGCAUUAAAAGCUGCAGUCUACUCAAUCUCUUUCAAUCAGCUGUUUAAUUCUUUUGGUGAAAUAAAUGUAUACUCUGGUAAUAAUUCCCUUAAUCACCUUGACAGAAUGGUGUUGAUGGAAAAAAAUUUGUUUUAGAGCUUUACUCCUCACCAGUGGCAAAAGCAAAGCACCUCUGAAUGCUUUUACCUUAUACACACCCACGCUUGAUUUCUACAAGCAAAGCUACACAACAGGUACAUUUUUGUGGGUUUCUGUGUGUACACACAAACACAAAUAAAUAUACAAAGUUAGAACAUUAAUUAAUUCAGCGCUUCCUCAAUACAGCAGUAGCAGCAGUGUUUUCACUCUCAGACUGCAGUAAAGUGAAAUAUCUUAUCGGGCUGUAAUCAUUAUUAGAAAACAGUUAAUUUUAUCUUUAUGUGUAAAGGUCCUUAUGAUCUAAGUUUAAGUGCAUUGCUUGAAUUUUUAUGCUAUUCCGUUUAUUCUCCUGCUUUUUUUUUUCUCUCUUUUUGUUGAUUCAUUAGAUUCAACAAGACACGACACAAUAGAGAGAAUUUAACAUUAACUUAUGCAGUAUGCGUUUCUCUCUCUACUGUUGAAAGUAGCUGGCACAAAGCAUUUCAGUCUUCCUUUUCACUUUCCUUUAUAUUUUUUAACAAUUUAGUGCAGCGAGGUGAAGUGGCAGAGUUUGUACAUCAUGGCUAGGUAUACAGCUGCUGUCUUUGGACAAAGAAGAUUAUAACAUUAGAACAUAUUUUUGUAACCAGUAGCAAAAAACUCAACAUGUAAGAGAUUCACAGCAUGACAAAGUAAUGUUUCAGGCCAGAGAUGUCAGACUGAAAAAUAUACAAACCUUCAUUGUAACAAUAUUGGAUGCAUUUUUCCACAUUGCAGCCCCUUAUUUUGCCAAGUCUUACAAACAUCCAUUGACAUUAAAUUGGGGCGAUCAAUUUCGGCCAAACUUCAUCAGCAUCUAUUUAAGUUUGAUUUUUGUCUUAGACGUAAUAGCAUUUUAAAAUGGAGUUUGUACCUUUUGUUUCUAAGCACCUACAAAAGACUUUUCUCAAGCCCUGAGGGUUUAUUUUUUCUAAACUGACAUUUUCUCCCAGAGGCCUUUAGUAGAGGGACUGUUGCAUGUGACAUGUAUGCUGUAACACACAUCCACCACAGAGUAUUUCUCCAUGUGCCAUGCCAACACAACACACCGCAGACAACCACAGCCGUGCGGCCUCUUUGAAGAAUUUCAUAACCGGUAAAUGGGAAUGUUAUCUGAGAUCCUGCUCCUGAUAGCAACCCAGCUGCAAGCUGAGAGGCCUGUUCGGGAAUACAGGGGUCCAGAUACCAUAAUCCGAUUGUGCGUGUUUGUGUUUAAGGAGCGUAAAAUGCAGCUCAGGAGAAAAGUUACAGAUAUGUUACUGUGUGUGUCUAUGUAUGUGUGUAUAUAGGCCGCAGUUUAUCAUAGCUUAAUGUAACAUGAUGUGUUGUUAUUUGUGAACUGGGCUUUGCUCAGAAAUAUUCAUAUCUGCCGUGUUUAGUGUAUGAUAUUGCACCAGGAGUACAGGCCUUGAGGACUGGCUACCUGGAGCAAUGCUGUCAUCUAGCAUUUGGCUUAAUAAUUAAAAUGGGCUCUAGCGUGUGUGUGUGUGUGUGU